AUGGCAACCGCCGCCCACGAAACACGCUCGAGCGCGAGGCCGAGGCCACCGCCCAGGGCGACGGCGGCGGCGAGCUUGCUGCUGUGCCUGGCGGCGGCGAGCGGCGUCGCGGCCGCCAUGGACUGCAGCCACGUCCAGGCCGACAACCACGAGUUCGACCUGUCGGCCCUCAAGGGGCCGCACAGCGUCGUCACCAGCGUCCUGCACGCCGAGGGCUUCACCAACGUAACCUACACGCUCGACCUGUGCGGUCCCCUCAAGGUCCCCGAAGGUGGCAAGAAGGGGUGUCCAGACGGCACUUGGGCCUGCGGAAUGUGGCACCACAUCGACCCCGACUCCAAGGCCGACGUCCCGCUCGAGCACCGCGUCAUCGCGGGCACCGCCGAGGGCCGCGCGCUCGACGAGUCCUUCACGCGCCUGAGCACGUCGGCGAGCGGCAAGGACAAGGGGAAGGAGGGCGUCCGGAUCGUGCUGCAGGGCGGCCAGUUCCAGGACCGGAAGCAAAAGGCCGUCGUGGAGCUGCUGUGCAAGGACACGGUCGAGGGGACCGAGGGCGAGAUCGACCCGGACAAGGACCUGUCCAAGCCCUCUCCGGCCGAGAAGCCGACCGCCAGCAAGACCGCCACCGUCACCGCCGCGCCGACCGCAGCGGCGCCACACGUCGCCCGUGCCGACGGCGACGACAAGAACAAGGACAAGCAGGUGCCCGUUCAGAUCAAGAAGCCCGACGCGGCCCUGAUCUGGGAGAGCUACGGGCCGUCCGAGGAGGACCCCGGCAGUGCCGACGCCCUGAAGCUGACGUGGUACACAAAACACGCCUGCGAGAAGAGGUCCGGAGGUGGAGGUGGUGGUGCCAAUGACGAUAGCAAGCACUGGGGCUUCUUUACGUGGAUAGUCAUACUCGUGUUUCUCGGCGCGGCCGCAUAUCUCAUCUUCGGCUCGUGGCUGAACUACACCCGCUAUGGCGCCCGUGGCUGGGACCUGCUCCCCCACGGCGACACCAUCCGCGACGUACCCUACCUCCUCCAAGACUGGGUCAGGAGGCUAUUCCAAACGAUCCAGGGAGGCGGGAGCAGGGGUGGAUACAGCGCUGUCUAG